AUGGACUUUCCUCGAUCAUCCCCAGCCGGUUACUCGACCCUCAGUCCUCACAAGACGGGAGGUAGCGGGACGCAAACGCAGCAAGAGCUUGAAGAGGAGGUGGCUCGGAGCAGAGCGGAUAGGGCCAAGAGGCGUAGCAGAUUGAGCGGAGGAGCUGCGAUGGGAAGCGGUAUUGCCAACCGUACAGAUGGUCUGCCGUCCUCAACAUUCGCAGCUUCGAGCAUGGAUGCGGGUGCGGGUGCGGGUGCGGGUGCGGAUGCGGGUGCGGGUGCGGGUGCGAAUCGAUCUAGCGCUGGUCUCUUGGCCCGCUAUGGGGGAGCUGCGGGCCCGACAGGUCACGCUUCAGCCAACGCUGCAGGCCCCACAUCUCUUGCUUCCUUCAUCGGAGGCAAAGCAGCAGGUCCCAGGUUGGGCAAGUUGGCAGGCGAUGGAAGGAGCGCACCUCCCGAGUAUCAAGGUGCUACGAGCGCAAGCGAAGUUCAACAAAAGAGGGCUCUGCAUGGAAUGGUCGUCGGACCUGCUGGAGGCAUGGCGGGAAUGAUGGAAGCGCGCAAAAGGGAAUUGGCGAACAGGGAAGGUCAAAGCGCUGGUGAUGUGGUUGGUAAAACGCAAUUGGAAAGAAGGCAGACCAGCCCAACGCGUCCAUCGGCCAUGGCCUCCGCUCGACCCGAAUUGCCAGAACCUGCACGGGCUUCGACGACCAGCAGCACCACUAUUCGCACCCAAUCGCCCAGCAUACUCAAGUCCGAGCCGCUUAGGCCAGCUUCUCCCGAGCGCAAACGAUCUUGGGACGCUCCGCUACGAGCUUCUGGCGCUGUGCUUGGCGGUGGGUCGAGCACUUCGACCACAUCCAACACGCUUCGAUCACCGUCCCCGACCAGGACCGCCAUUUCUCCAACGCGCUCUUGGCAGACGCCUCUGCGUCCCGCGUCUCCCGAGCGACACUCGCAACCCAAAGUUCAGACGCCCGCGCUAGCCCAGCCCAAAUCACCAUCCCCUUCAGCCAUCGCAAGUCCCAACCUUAACACCACGCAAAAGGUUUCGCCCGCCUUUUCUCCGCAGACACCGUCGAGCGCGGAGAAGCCUCCAAGCGCUAGCAUCACACGAUUGAGAGGUCGGUCGAUGGUGCAGCAGCGCCUUCGAGAAGCUCAAGAGAGGGAAGCGGGCUCGAACGAUUCGGAUGCUGCACCCAGUCUGGUUGGCGAUCUUCCACAGAGGAGCGGUGUUAAAAAGUGGGCUCCACCUGUCAAGACCGCGUCGGCCAGCAGCUUGCCGGUGCCCAUGCAGCCACCGACGAGCCAAACCAACACCACCGUCCCAACGCAGACGAGGAAAUGGACAGUGCCAGCUGUCAAAGCUGAUGAAGCUUCUCAGACAUCGAGCCAGAAAGCGUGGACACCUGGAAAGGGCGCGCAGAUGCUGCCUGGCCUUGGAGCCCCUCGCAGUGCGACAGAGGGUGCGGCGGCCGGUAGGAGCCCCAGCCCCACGCGCAUACAUCCGCUUCCUGUACGAGACCCGAGCCCGGAACGAGUCAAUAUUGCGCCCAUCAGGCUUCCCGGAAUGGGCGGCGCUGUCAGCCCCUUCAAACCUCGCUCGCCAGUCGAUCCGGACCCGGCUGAGCAACUGGCCGCGCAAAAAGAGACUUCGGAGCAAAAACUCACACAUCUGGCCGCGGGUAGAGCAAAGGGACCAAAGAAGAGCGCUAGGAAACAGCCAUCGACACAAGCUGCGGCUGCGGACAGCACUAUCUUGCAAGGUGCGGCAAGUGACGCGGUGUCCACGCCAGUUGGGGAGUCUAUCCGUGCGUCGCAUACACAGACUGGAGAUCAGGGCACGACAUCAUCUAUCCUUGCGCCACCACCGCAGGAUGAUGAUCCGACGAUCUCGCGCUUAUUGGGAAGCGAGCAGGAUACUUUUCAAGCUAUCAAACCUUCGGACCGUGCGAGCGCAGACUCUACAGGUCGGAUGAGCGUGCGAGAGGUCGAAGAAGGCAUUCGGGCGGGUCUUCCGGAAGCUGGCAAGCAGAGAUCGACAAGUGGCAAGAGAAUCUGCGUGUUGAUCUCCGGUAACGGAAGCAAUCUGCAAGCUCUGAUUGACGCUACCCUGCUCGAUCGGGAUGAGUUGCCAAACGCUCAAAUUUCACUGGUCGUUUCGAACCGCAAGGCUGCGUAUGGAUUGCAAAGAGCUGCGGGUGCCAAUCCGCCCAUUCCGACGCUCGUCAGUGCGCUCAAGACGUAUCAGAACAAGAAUCCGGGAGCGACGAGGGAAGAGUACGAUGAGGAUCUGGCAUUGAAGGUCAUGAACGCUCACGAAGGGCUCGCUCCCGAUCUCAUCGUCUUAGCUGGCUUCAUGCACAUCGUCUCUCCUACCUUCCUGAGAGCUUUUGGACACGAGACGAGCGAAGCGCCGGGCAUAGCUCCUGCAUGGGCACCUGCUCGGGGUGUGCCCAUCAUCAACCUUCAUCCGGCUUUACCCGGUGCGUUCGACGGAGCAGGGGCCAUUGAGAGAGCUUACGAAGCUUUCAAGGAGGGGAAGGUGGACAAGACUGGCAUCAUGGUGCACGAAGUCAUUGCGGAGGUGGAUAGGGGUGCACCCGUGAUUGUGCAGGAAAUACCCAUGCGCAAAGGAGAGAGCUUGCAGGAACUUCAGGAAAGAAUGCACAGCGUGGAACAUGGUCUCAUCGUUGCUGGAGCGAGAGAAAUUCUGCAGCGAGAACUGCAGUCAAAGGUGAAGGUGCAGAGCCAGGAGAUUGUCAAUCCCUGGGCUACGUCGACGGUGCCGGCCAAAGCCCCCUCGCUACUUGAAGAAACGAGCUCGCAUCAGACCCCAAUUCAGAACUUGCCACCUCGCCCAUCAGCACCAACACCCGUCUCUGCUACAUUUGCGCACGCAAGGCCUCCUGCAGAGUCUGCAUUUGAGACAGUAGACUCGAACGCUCAAUUUGCGAGCGUCAGGGAUUCCAUUGCCGCAUGGGGUCAACCUACGCAAGUUUCAUCAGAGGAUGCCAAUGCGCCUACAAGCGCGAUUGCAAGCGCUGCAUCUGGCUCUGUACCGCCCCUGUCUAGCUCUUCCAGCAGCGCAGGGAGCGGCGCAGUACCUCGGCCGCGAAGACGCACUCUUAGUCGGCCAUCAAGCGUGUACGGAGGAUCAUCGCCCUUGCCGGAUUUGAUCGAACAGCCGGAAGGAAGCGUAGCUGAGGCGGCUGCGAGAUGGGACGGCCAAUCAAGCUCUGUUCAACAAUCGGCAGUCCGAACGAGGAAGAUCUCGAGCGCGAACAGACCGCAGACUAUGUACGCAGCUGUGCCGCCCCAGAAUCAGCUUGCCGCGCCCAGAGACGCAUCUGCUGCGCCAACCAGAUCGGAUAGCGUCAAAAAGUUGGAGACGCAGGCUGCUCAACUUGGCGCAUUUGUCAAUGAUCGGUCAGGGACUGUCGGCUUUUCGCCCGUCUCGCCCGUCGUGGCUACGCCCACCAGCCAAGAUCUCGUCAAAUUGGAUCUCUUGCCCAUCUCUCCCGCCCCAUUCGACGCCAAGGCCUUUGCGUCCGAGCACGCGCGGCUGAUGCAAGCUCGCAGCGCUUAUUUGAAACAGCUCGAAGAUGUUCGGAACACUCUCAGCGUCGAGGUCAUCUCUGUGCUUCCUACCGGAUCCACAGUGACCAUUCCGGAAGCGGAGCAGCACAUCCUGUACGAAGGAGAGACGCUGGCAGUGAUACAUCGUCGAAGAGAAGCUUCUUUGGUCCGCACUGAGCUGUUCAUUCGUACAGGAAGAGCCUCCUCGGCUACCAAUAGGGGUCCGGCGGAAACGGCUAGGAUUCAGGACCUGGCCAAACGCUUCAACACUAGUGUUGUGGAGGUUAGAGUAGGCGAUGAACCCAAGGGUUUGAUCGAUGCGUUUCCACAGGGAAUUGUCUCGAGAUUUGGAAGUAGAGCCAGGUGGGAUGAACAAAGCACCAUCUUGUACGAGAUCAGAGUUCUUCCGAACGGCGCUACUCUAAUUGAGCAGGUGGACUUGGUGAGUGUUUUUCCAAAAUUUUCACCAACUCAAUCAGCAUUUGUUGACCCAAAAUCGGUUUUUGCUCGUUCCUGCGCUGGACCACACUGCAUCAGGAAACUUCGAGUUUGUGCUCAGCUUUUGGCUACAUUGCUAGUGUGGUGGGAUCUCCUUUCCUCUGGCACGGGCUCGGCACCACAGAGAACGAGCGCGAAUCGACGCGAGCUCUUGUGGCCCCGCUCUUUUCUGGCUUGUUCAGCCACGACGAGGCAGAAAUCGACGUGGCGGAGUACAUUGAAGGAUCCGAAGAUGCUACUUUCUGGGCUUACUUUGACCAGGAAGUACCGUAUGCUCAAUCGGCUUUGCAUGCUGUGGCAUCCGCCGAUUCGUACACGGCAAAGGGAGCCAUCCUCUACGAUGUAAGGGAUGCAAAGGUCACCCCUCGUCUGGACCAGACCUAUGCUCUAAAGUCAGCAAGCGCGCACGACAUGGAUCCGAAGACUGUACAAAUUGUGCACUCGUCGAUAGAGACGUACGUACUCAUUGGUCAAGAAGCUCGGAGCUCGCGUCAAGACAUCGAUCUGGCAUUGAGAGCUGCAGAAACUCUAGCAUCUUCAAAUUCGACCCCUUUGACCGAGUCCAGUGGUAAAGCGUCCCAAACACCUGCCCAUGUCGUCAUCUUUCCAAGUGCGCUCCCCCUUGAGCUCAAAAAGCUCCUUCGAGGAUGGAAUGCUGCGCCUCCUAGCCUCCUCGAAGUUGACUCGAUAUCACUCAUGAACGUGCUCAACCUCAGACAAGCACGGACAGAACUGGAACGGCAUAGCUUCGAUGCUCGAGAGGUUCGAGAUCUGAAUUGGCUGCCUUGUGGCGUCGCCCCAUCCAACGUGGAGGGUCAUUUCUAG